UCUGAAUUUUCCCUAAAGUUACUAAUUUCCAUCAAAACAAAACCCACACGGCCUCAACUCGGUUUCAAAUCCUAGUUGGAACAGUUGAACCGUUUAUUGCAGUUUCAUGCGAACAAGGUUCGCAGUUGACAGUUAUUAUAUACUUAAUCGCUAAGAUCAUUCUUUCGUCACCUUCCUUGCUGUUUCCUUUCUCCCAAAGUCGGUUUACACAAACCCUAUAUAAAUCCACCCCACCCCAAUCUCUACUUCCAACAAUCAACCAUGAAUUACAGAACUUUAGACCUGACACUCAUCUCAGCAAAGGGGAUCAAGAAACCUUCUCUCACCGGGAAACCAGACGUCUACGCCGUAGCUUACAUCUCCGGCACCACCAACAAACAAAAGCUUAAAACCCAUGUUGACAAAGAUGGAGGUUCCAACCCUACCUGGAACUUCCCCAUGAAGUUUACAGUCGACGAAGCCGCCGGCUUACAGAACCGCCUGACACUCGUCGUCGAGAUCAAGGCCGUCGGGACGUUCAGUGAUAAGAAUUUGGGAGAAGUUCGUGUGCCGGUUAAAGAGCUCUUGGAAGGCGCGUCGACUCAGCAGCUUGUGAGUACUUAUCAGGUGAGGAAGCAUUCCGGGAAGCCGAAUGGGUUUCUUAGUUUUUCGUAUAAAUUUGGGGAGAAGUUUUCCGGUAAGGCGGAGGAGCCCGUCAUGGCUUAUCCUCCCGGUAUGGCGGUUGGAUCUAGUGCCGCGUAUGCGCCGCCGUAUGAGGCAGCAGGUCGGUAUUACCAGCAGGCCCCUGCCGCUACUGGAUAUCCUGGAUAUGCGUACCAACACCAGCAACAACCGGGUUAUGGUGGUUACCCUCCGCCACCGCCGCCAGGGUACGGUGGAUAUCCUCCGCAGCAGGGAUAUGGGUAUCCGGCGGCAGUUCAGCAGCCUCCGAAGAAGAAUAAACUUGGUAUGGGGUUAGGAGCCGGUUUGCUAGGUGGAGCACUGGGUGGACUUUUGAUCGGCGAUAUCGUGUCGGAUGGUGGCGGUGGAUGUGGCGGUGGAGGAUGUGGUGGAGGCGGUUGUGGCGGUUUUUGAUGUUACUUUCCUGAUAUUGGGAUUUAUUUAUUUUUUUUCUAUAAUAUUAGUAUGUAACUAUGUAUGGUUUGUUUGUUGCCCUCUUGAUUGUAAAUGGCUUAAAUUCAUUAAUUCGUUUCACUACAAGAUAUAAAUCAAUUUAAUAUUUUAUAGAAGUAAAA